UUGAAAUUUACGAAUAUAUGAUGGGGAGUAGAAUUAUCCAAUGCCAUUGACUGGUAGGUGAACAAAAUGUUUUCAUCUUCCCCAGCAACUUCCUAACUCGUCCGUCUACGAUCCCCUGCCUCCUUUCCUCUCCGGUUCCCUCUAUCCCACGCCCAAAAAGAAGUCAAUGGACCCCCGCCGCCAUCACCACCACGAUCCGCCAGUGCUCCACCCCCACCCUGGUCCGCCACCGCCAAUAGCCCACCACCACCCCGGUUCUCCACCACCGCCAAUGGUCCACCACCACCCUGGUCCGCCGCAACCGCCAAUGGUCCACCACCACCCUGGUCCGCCGCCACCGCCAGUGAUCCACCACCACCCCGGUCCUCCGCCACCGCCAGUGGUCCACCACCACCCCGAUAUCCCGCCACCUCCAGUGGUCCACCACCACUACGGACCCCAUCCGCCGCCUUCAGCGGUUCACGUCCACGAUCCCCGCCAUCAGAAACAGACUUAUCGGGUAUACUGCCGGGCGAAUCCCGACCUGGUACUCACCGUCCGUGACGGAAAGGUCAUUCUCGCCCCACCCAAACCCUCCGAUGAUCAUCAGCGCUGGUACAAAGAAGAGAAACACAGCACCAGGGUGAAGGAUGAAGAAGGGCUGCCCAGCUUUAUUCUAGUUAAUAAAGCUACAGAACAGGCCAUCAAGCACUCUCUUGGUGCCACUCACCCGGUGCGACUCGUUCCAUACAACCCUGAGAUUCUUGAUGAAUCAAUAAUGUGGAGUGAGAGCAAGAACACAGGGGAGGACUACAAGACGAUUAGAAUGGUGAACAACAUUCGGCUCAACAUGGAUGCAUUCCAUGGCGACAAAGAGCACGGGGGUGUACGUGAUGGGACUCUCAUUGUUCUUUGGGAAUGGACUAAAGGAGAUAAUCAACGCUGGAAGAUUCUUCCCAACUGAUCGGAAAUGAUUUUCAAUUGGCGUCUUAUUACAUAUCAUCUAAGGUCCAAAAUAAUGGUGGAGGCAAUGUACAUUGUGUAUGUUUUUGGUUAUGGAAAACCAUAUAUUUGGCAUCCCUGAACUUCCAAAUAAUAUUUGUCACUUAAGUCUUCCUUAUGAUCUUGGGUAUAUUGUAUUUGUGUAUGCCGGCAUGUACUUUAUGUGAAAAUGCAUUAAAUAAAUAUUAUUAAUCAUAGCCUAAUUAAGAAUACCUCUGCUUUGGUAAUUCCCCUCGUGUCAAAUCGGAGAAGUGUAUUAGUAUCCC